CUUCUGGAGCGCAGGGCUUGGCAGCUGGGCUGCCCCUGGCUAUGCCUCCAGUGGCGCUAAGAGGGCGGAGGACCCGCCUCUGGGCAUCCGCAGCCGUGUGAGGAACCAAGGCGGCACACGGCUGGAGGCGCGGAUACCACGGGCUGAGGCGGAAACAAGAAAGAGAAGAGGCAGGCGAGCCGGGGACAGCCACCAUGUCCUUCUCGCACUUUGGACACCCGUAUGGCAGCGCUUCCCAGUUUCUGGUGUCUGCAAGUUCAAGCGCCACUUGCUGCGAAUCCACCCCGCGCUCGGUCCCAGAUGUGGCCUCAGGCUCCACCCCGGCGGCCGCUCUCUGCUGCGCACCCUACGAUGGCCGCCUGCUGGGCAGUGCGCGCCCCGAGCUGGGCGCGGCCUUGGGCAUCUAUGGAGCCCCCUACGCGGCCGCUGCAGCUGGCCCGAGCUACCCCGGAUACCUGCCCUACAGCCCGGAGCCGCCCGCACUGUACGGGGCGCUGAAUCCACAGUAUGAAUUUAAGGAGGCUGCAGGGAACUUCACACCUGGCCUAGCACAGCCAGGAGCCUAUUAUCCCUAUGAGCCUACUCUGGGGCAGUACCAGUAUGACCGGUACGGAGCGGUGGAGCUGAGUGGCCCCGGGCGCCGGAAGAACGCCACCCGAGAGACCACUAGCACGCUCAAGGCCUGGCUCAACGAGCACCGCAAGAACCCCUACCCCACCAAGGGCGAGAAGAUCAUGCUGGCCAUCAUCACCAAGAUGACCCUCACCCAGGUGUCCACCUGGUUCGCCAACGCGCGCCGGCGCCUGAAGAAGGAGAACAAGAUGACGUGGGCGCCCAAGAACAAAGGCGGGGAGGAGAGGAAGGCGGAGCGUGGAGCGGAGGAGUCCCUGCGCUGCCUGAACGGUGACACCAAAGACGUUGCUGCUGCUCCGUCUCGGGCGCUCCGUCUGAGUGACCUGGAAGACCUGGAGGAAGAAGAUUUGGAGGAGGAGCCCGAAGAAGAAGAGGCAGUGGUCACAGCCACGGACAGGCUGGCUGAGUUCCAUAAGGACACGCAGUCGUUGCCCGCGCCAUGCGCCGCAGCUCGAGUGGGCUGGCUGCAGCGCAGAGAGUGCGGCCUCGCGGCGCCCCGCUUCUCGCUCAGUGAGCCUCCUGGAUCGGGAGAAGCCGAUUUCCUCCAGACCGAGCCGGGGGGCCCCACAUUGACCAUGCACUACCCUUGCAGUGACAAAGCGCGCAUCUGGUCGCUGGCGCACACUGCGGCAGGCAGCGCUGUCGAAGGCGCACCUCCAACUCCGCCCAAGCCACGAAGUCCUGAGUGCCAUCUGAUUCCCGGACAGCCUCCAGGCUCUGGCGGACGACCUGCGGUCCCCAGAGACUCCGCGUGUGACGAGUCUUCCUGUGUAGCCAAAGCCUUUGGCAACCCCGCGUUCGCCCUGCAGGGGCUGCCCCUGAACUGUGCGCCAUGCCCUCGGCGGAGGGAGCCCGUGGUGCAGUGUCGCUACCCCUCCGGAGCAGAAGGUAGUGGACCCCCAGCGGCGCUGGGAGUGUCUGUCUAA